AUGAGAAAUUUUGAAAACAGCCAAAGUUUAAAUGAUUUCUUUAUAAGAAAUUUGAAGAACUUGGAAAAGAGAAACAUUGUAUCCCAUUCGCACAGGCUAUUUAGUGACAUGGCUUUAGAUGUAUUAAAUGAUAUUAACAAAAUUCAAGUGAAUAGAAACUCAUCGACCUGUAAUGUGCAAAAUUUUGAUGCCAUGCAAAAAGAAAGGAUUACGGAACUGAAUCGCAGUUUUAAUGAAAUUGCAAGUGACACUCUUUUGAGUUAUUAUAAUAAGCCCAAUCUGUUAUCCAAAGAUUUAUAUUUCCUUAAUACCAGUUUCGACGCCCUUGGUAUGAAGCCGAUUAGAGACGUCUCCACUUUUGCCGAUUCGGUGUAUCAUGUGGAUCCCGUCGACCAUACGGACGAUGCAGAGAAGACCGCUUCGGACAUAUUGGAGUUGGCCAAAAAUGGGCUUCCCACACACCAUUGUGAGGAGCAGGUGAAGAAUCGUGCCGCUGAAGAUGGCGAGGGAAAGAGCAACGUGGAAGAUGUAGGUGAUAAGGGUAUCCAAACGGGUCGAAAGGAGGACACAACGAAUCGUGAGGAUGCCCCGCCACAUGACAAACAUGAUAGAAGCACCUCCAUCGGCCUGGAACACAAACGGCCUCGUGACAAUUCAAGUGUGAACGAAACCGACCCUACAAUAUGCGAAGAUAACAACCCCCCUGUCCUGAAUGAUGUCGGCAGUGUGGACGAAAACAAAGGCGAUGUUUGCCUCAAAUUUGAAGAUAAUAAGCCGAUCUUUGAUGGGAACAAAUUGGUAACCAACGAGAUAGCCACGCUCAACAACUUCGAGGCUGUAACCAAGCUAAACAGCCCACUAAACAGCCAACUCUGCAUUCUGCUUCAGGAGCAGAACAGCCCAAAUAGCCACAACACUCAAAUAAGUCCAGACACUCCAGGCAGAAGCAAAAAAAAAAACAAAAGAAAAAAAAGAACCAACACAUCAGAAAGUUUAAGGAAGUACGACAUCAUGUGUAGCAGUUUUAACCUGUCCAUAACCAAUUACAAAAAGAAACGCGACAGGGCCAAGCACUUAAAAGAUAUCAGUAAGGGCAAGAGCGGCUCCAGCCACAAGCAUUGCAACUUUAGCAGCUAUAGCAGCAACCACGUCAUGAAUAAAACGGAUAGACGUGUGAAUGGUGGAAGAAACUCAAAAAGAAUUAACAAAAAAAAUGAUAAUUUUAAAGGAAAAAAAAAAACAACGAAAGAAAAAAAGUAA